AAAUUUGCUGUACGGUGGAAAAUUAAUACAGCGGAAAUAAACAUUACAUGAAUUUUACCCUCUUCACGCAGAUCUAGGGUUUCGUUCAUUUCACCAAUUUCAGGGUUUUGAGAUCCAGGCUAAAUUUUCCGAAUUCCUGUUUCUCGAUCCCUAAUUUUAAAUCCAUCUGGAUCAAGCAUAGGAGUGUAUGUUAUUGAGGUGUUGAAAAUUUGAUCUGGCAAAAAUGUCUGUGAAGAGCAAUGCUUCGAUUAGGGAUCGGACGCAGGAGUUUUUAGGGAUUGCGGAGAGGGCAAGGAAAUCAGUAUCGUUGCACAAUGGGCCCAGCAGCAGUGGAUCCAAGCGGGAGGAGCCGCCGCGGUCGGCGCUGGCGAUGCAAUCGGAGUUCAACCGGCGGGCAUCCAAAAUUGGGCUUGGGAUUCAUCAGACGUCGCAGAAGCUAGCUAAGCUGGCAAAGCUGGCAAAGAGAACAUCAGUGUUUGAUGAUCCUACCUUGGAAAUCCAGGAGCUCACUGCAGUCAUCAAGCAAGAUAUAACGGCUCUUAAUUCUGGUGUAGUUGAUCUCCAGUUUCUCUCCAAUUCACGCAAUGAGAAUACCUCCAGUGACACCACUACUCAUUCUACUACUGUCGUUGAUGAUCUAAAGAAUCGUUUGAUGAGCACCACAAAGGAGUUCAAGGAAGUUUUAACCAUGCGAACAGAGAACCUGAAGGUUCAUGACAACAGAAGACAGUUGUUUUCGUCUUCUGCUUCCAAGAGCCAUGCAAAUCCUUUUGUUCGCCAGCGUCCUUUGGCUGCAAAGGCUUCAACUAGUAACUCAGCUGCCACACCUCUUCCAUGGUCCGAUGGCACACAAACUUCCUCCCAGUUAUUUCCCAAGACUCAGGUUGAUGGGGAGUCCCAGCCUUUGCUGCAUCAGCAACAAAAUCAACAACAACAAAUUGUUCCCGUACAGGACAGCUACAUGCAGAGUAGAGCCGAGGCUCUUCAAAAUGUGGAGUCGACAAUUCAUGAGCUGGGCAGUAUCUUCAAUCAGUUGGCUACAUUGGUAUCUCAGCAAGGAGAGAUUGCUAUCAGGAUCGAUGAGAACAUGGAAGACACGUUGUCAAACGUGGAGGGAGCACAAGGGGCUUUGCUCAAGUACCUCAAUAGCAUCUCAUCAAAUCGGUGGCUAAUGAUCAAGAUAUUCUCUGUGUUGAUUUUCUUCCUCAUGGUAUUCCUCUUCUUCGUGGCAUAGUCAGCUGUUACACAGUAAGCAAACCUCAUAUUCGGCCCUAUAAUUUUCCAUAGUAUUUUGUAGUAAUAUUCUUUGGGGGUGUUCGGUUUGCAAGAUUGUAUACCGGGAUUAAAUUAGUGGUGUGUUUGGUUCAUGAGAUUUAGUCCCCCAACUCAAUCGUAGAUGGAUAAUCAUGGGAUAAUUAGUCAUAGCUAACCCCCUAUAACUAAAAUAAUCACACAACUCAAUCCUAGAUUAUAUCUUGGUAUUAUUUUAUCUAGGAAAUCGAACACCACCUUUAUGUAUAUCGGGAUGGGAACCUUACUUCUGAUGAGCUUCAGUGCAUUCUUACUAUAAGUGAAGUUGAAGACAAAAACUUCAGGUUGAAGUGUAAUGGGAAAUUUAUAUUUUAA